AUGGCAACCAACAACAGCAACGACAGAUCGUACCCCGUCUCCUCGAACUCCCGCAGAAAGUUGAACGCAUUUCGUUACAAGGAAGAAGAGGUGGCUUCCGAUAACACGAGCUCGAAGGAUGGAAGGAAAGCCGUGCAUGGCAAUAAAGAGAACCAAAGUUCAUGGCUGAAUGGAGUAGUGGAACCAAUGCAGAAAUACUCCGACAAAGCUGACCCUCCACCUCAAUCAGUACCAUUGAGUGAGGAGCCCAAGCUGGUCAAAGAAUGCCCCCAAACACCCGGAAACCGUAUACCUCUCGCGGACUUGAUUAGCAACGCCGAAGAUGGCUUUGAUCCCGCGCCAGGUCCGGAGGUAACUCCAGUCGAUCAUGUUAUCUGGCAGCAUGUACCAGUCAGCUCAAACCCCGAUACUUCGUCGCAGACGCCUGCAGGUUGUCGAAGGAAGCGGCGUCACAGCUCCUCGUCUGCCGGCUCGCCCACCAAUGGGAAUUCCAAAAAAGCUCAGAAAGAGCCACUCGACUUGCAGGCAAUCCAGGCUCUAUUCAAAACACCCCAACACGACCUGGCAGCUGAGCUGUGGAGUAACUACAUGGACAAGAAUAUGGUCGAUGGAUCUGAGGAUCUUCCCCCACCUCGCCUAGCAAAUCUACUCUCCUCGUCGCCACAAACCCCGGUUUCGGGAAGAACAAGCCGAGAUUCAUCUGGCUUGAGACGAUCGAUUAGCUGCGCUGCCGAAUGGCCCACAUCUCGAACAAAGCGGAGACGAAUCAACCGCCAGGAUCCAGGGUCUGAACGAGGCAUCUUUUCACGCACCAAGAGUAAUAUCCUGGAUUCAGGGAAGCAUAAGUCAUCCAGAAUCAAUUUGCUCCUCGACAAGAUUGAGAAGAGCCUGCAGUCAGCCCCCCAAGCCGAAAUGGGUCCUCCCAAUUCUUCUCCCCUGCGGCAACGUAUGGACGCGCAAAGGUGCCGUUCAUCGUCCCCUACAAUGGACCGGAAAGGCCUAGGAGAUGCUGAAUGUGCCAGAGAAGGUCUUCGAGUUCCAUCUGCCGAUAACACCAGCAACACGAGACAGGCAAUGCUUCAAGAUUCUUCAUCUGAAUUUGGAGAUGACGACUUGGACCAAGACUUUAUGGACCUGGCUGAUGCCUCAGCGGAUCCUUUCGUUGCUCACGCGGCUGGUCGCAACGAGUUCGAGUCUCUACACUCAUCGGCUUGGUCAACCCUAGCCGCAGAGAAGCUAAAAUCCAGCCAUCCGAAAUUGCAAUACACGGCCGGCAAUAAACCACCGGCCGUGCAAAAUUCCAUGAAAAACGAAACCAAACCUGACGACUAUGACGAUUUUGAAGACGACUAUGGAGAGUUUGACGACAAUUUCGAGGAUGUUCUUGCAGAAUGCGACGCAAUGCCAGACAAUAUCAAUUUACCGAAACAGCCCAGUGCAGAGUUGCCGGUUAUGAGGAACAUGGACCCGAGCCCUGUCAACUCGGCUGCCCAAGUCCCUGCCAAUAUACCACAUAUUUCAGCCCAUGAUACUGCUGCGUUGUCUGAGGAUGAGUUUGAUGAUGAUUUUGAUCUGGAUGCCAUCGAACAGACCAUGAAGCAGACGGGUGAAGAUGCAGCUUACAAUCUCAAAGGUCGGAAAGCUAUUAAGCGUUACCAGAUCGAGGACACCGCAGAUCGCUUGUAUGUCAACUCAAAAGGACGUACUCAAUCUGAGCAAGUGCUAUCCGUCAAGGAAGAGAAUACGGAAGCCCGCAAGGUCAUCAUAUUGCGUGAGUCGUGGUUCGACACUCCUUGCAGUAAAGAUUCAUUUAUUCACCUGGUUGGGGAGUUCAAAUCAUCUGGCCAAUGCGUCGUGGACAACACCAACCAUAUGAUCAUUCUUCACCCUGACCACUUGAUAUCUGCUACUGUUGUAGCGGACUCGGUUGACUGUCAACGCCGUGCUGUACUCCAAGAUCGUAUCAAGGUUAUCAGCCAGGUUAAAAGGCCUCAAGCAUUCGGAACCAUCUUUCACGAAAUUUUUCAGGAGGCAUUGAAGGCUAACCGAUGGGAUUCGGGUUCGUUGAGACUGCUGGUCGAAAGUGUUCUUGAAAACCAUGUCGAGGAGCUGUAUACUAUUAACAUGAAUAUGAUCGAGGCUGUCGAGACCAUCAUGGGCAAGAUCCCCGCUGUUCAGGCUUGGGCAGAUGUCUUUCUUCAUGCCAAGCCGAAGGCUAAUUCUUUAGUUGAGGACCGCAACGGUGCGAAACUCAAUCUAAGUAUCAAUAAGUUGCUUGAGGUUGAAGAGCAUAUCUGGUCUCCAAUGUAUGGAUUAAAAGGCAACAUUGAUGCCACUGUCCAAGUGGCGUGUCAUGACAAAGAUGGACUGAAGAACCUUGUUGUACCACUUGAACUGAAGACCGGGAGACGGGACACGAAUCAGGCGCAUAGAGCUCAAACAGCCCUUUACACCCUUUUACUUUCGGAUCGCUACGACGUCGAUGUAACUUUUGGUCUACUUUAUUAUCUUGAGCUGUCGAAGACUCUCAGCAUUCGUGGCAUUCGUCAUGAGCUUGUUCAGAUGAUCCAAGUGCGAAAUCGCUUAGCGGGUUAUAUCCGCGAGAGACUGCAGCUUCCACCGAUGCUCAAGAAGGCACAAAUGUGCAACAAAUGCUAUGCGAAAACACCGUGUCUUAUCUACCACAAGCUGGCAGAGGAUGGCGAUGGUGAGACGAGCGCACUCGGUGACGACUUUGAAGUCUUCACUCAACACCUGAACCAAGGUGACUCCGACUUCUUUCGCAAAUGGGAUGAGCUCUUGACCAAAGAGGAAGCAAAUUUGGUCAGGUUUAAACGUGAGCUAUGGACGUUACUUAGUGAUCAGCGUGAAUCCUAUGGUCGAUGCUUCGGAGAUGUUGUGGUCGAUCCACGAACCGCACACGAGGACGAAAACGGGACUAGAAUCAACCGCUUCAGAUACACAUUUCACAAGCGGAAAGCACCUCCCAAUUUCUCCUUUGCAGAGUCACAGAUCGCGGUUGGUGAGCCUAUUGUGGUUUCUGACGAAAAGGGUCAUUUUGCCCUUGCCAACGGCUAUGUAACUCAUGUGAGCACAUCGCACAUCACGGUUGCCGUUGAUCGCCGGUUACACAACGCGAGAGCGAAGACCGUUGGCUUUAACGCAAUUUCAAACCAGUCGUUCAAAGGCAUUAUGGAAAUCGAAAACGGUGGGGUUGCUGCACUGGAAGACCUUGACGAGCAGAUGGUCUACCGAAUUGACAAGGACGAGUUUAGCAACGGCAUGGCCAUCGUUCGAAACAAUCUUAUUUGCAUGAUGGACAAAGAGCUUUUCCAAUCGAGGCAUUUGAGGCGACUUAUCAUUGAGGGUCAGCCACCUGUCUUCAGAGCAGCAUCCUCUGCAUACACCAUCUCCGAUCCAGACAGCCUCAAUAUCGACCAAAAGCAAGCCAUUGAUAAGGUCAUGAGUGCCCAAGACUACGCCCUGGUUCUUGGAAUGCCUGGCACUGGUAAAACUACAACCAUCGCACACAUCAUUCGAGCACUAGUUGCACAAGGGAAGAGCGUUCUAUUGACUUCCUACACGCACACUGCUGUGGAUAAUAUCCUGUUGAAAAUUCGCAAUGAUGGCAUUCGCGUGCUGCGGAUUGGUGCGACCACCAAGAUUCAUCCAGAGGUGCAUCAGUUUGCAGAUCUGGCGGCAAUUCCCAAAAAGACCAUCGAAGAACUCAAAGAAUCGUACGAGAAACCACAAGUUGUGGCAACAACAUGUCUGGGUGUGAACCAUAACAUUUUCAACCAGCGGAUCUUCGACUAUUGUAUUGUUGAUGAAGCUUCCCAAAUUACUCUCCCCGUCUGUCUUGGCCCGAUUCGGAUGGCAAGGACCUUCAUUCUUGUCGGGGAUCACUAUCAGCUCCCCCCACUGGUGCAAAACAAGGCUGCCCAAGAAGGAGGUCUUGACAUCAGCUUGUUCAAAUUGCUUUCAGACGCGCAGCCGGACUCGGUUGUCAAUUUGGAACAUCAAUAUCGCAUGUGCGAGGAGAUUAUGCUUCUCUCAAACACACUCAUUUACUCUGGUCGCUUGAAAUGUGGUACGCCACAGGUGGCAGCUCGCUGCCUGGAGAUUCCAGAAAUGCAUGCUCUCAACCAAUUCCACACAGAUAGCUUCCACCCCUCCGAGCAUAGGCAAGGAGUCUGUCUUGGGACAGGCCACGGGCGCUGCUGGCUUAAUGACCUCCUGGUCCCCUCUGCUAAAACUCUCCUUGUCAACACUGACACGCUGGGAGCGCCAGCCCUCGAAAUAGCACAAGGCCAACGCAUUGUGAAUCACAUGGAGGCUAUCUUGUGUACUCAGCUCGUGGAGGCGUUGAUAGCAUGCGGCAUUCCUGCCAGGGAGAUAGGCGUCAUCACCUUCUACCGCAGCCAACUCUCCCUUCUCCGCCAGAAUCUUCGUCGCUAUACUCCGGAACUUGAGAUGCACACGACCGACAAGUUUCAAGGCCGUGACAAAGAAAUUGUUAUCCUUAGCUGUGUUCGCAGUAACUCUGAUAACCAUGUUGGAGAGCUUCUUCGUGAUUGGCGACGAGUCAACGUAGCCUUUACUCGUGCCCGAACCAAGCUUCUUGUCCUUGGCAGCAAAUCAACACUGCGCGACGGCAAUGAGCUUCUCGGCAAGUAUGUUCGCCUGGUCGAAGGCAAGGGGUGGGUCUACAAUCUACCCGCUGGCGCAGCCGAGAGCCAUUCUUUCCAAGCCGCUCCUCUUGACUCUACUCAAAUGCCCUUCCAGUCUCCCCAUGCAACCCGGAAUCCCGGUUCUGCGAAGAAAAACUCGAGUCCCACCGUCAAGAAGAAGUCCCCAUCACGCGAACCUCUUAGUCCCCUGGGCUCUCGGCAACCCCCUUCUGGUUUCAAGGAACCUGCGAAAAGAGGCACGAGGUUGUUCAACGGCAAAUCUGUGGUCGGUAAUAGGCCCAUUCUCCAGGACCUGGUGAAUGAUAUUGCUGGUGGUUAUGAGUCUCUGAACUAG